GGUUCUCCGGGUCGAUCCCUGCCUUGCGCAUGCUCGGUGUGUCCCGAGGUCGCCCUUGCCGGGUUUCCCACGUGCAGCGUGAACCUGAGGGCAUCAUGCUGUGAAGAGAUGGGGGCCGCGGUGGUUCGCGCGAUCAGGAACUUCAACCUGGAGAACCGGGCGGCCCGGGAGAUCAGCAAGGUGAAGCCCUCUCCCGCCCCCAGGCACCCCUCCACCAAGAGCCUCCUGCGGGAGCAGAUGAGCGGCCAAGCGGAUAUUAAGGGAGAAAUUGGUAGGAAAGAUGACAAAUUGCUGUCAUUACUGAGAGAUGUGUACGUUAAUUCCAGAGAUCCGGUGUCUUCUGCGCAGGACAAAGAUGCUGGAACACCUCAAGAGCCAAAGGAGUUCAGAUUGCCGAAAGGCAAUCAUUUUGACAUAAAUAUUGAGAACAUUCCCAAAGGCAAAGUUUCCAUUGUAGAGGCUUUGACACUUCUCAAUAAUCAUAAACUUUAUCCAGAUAAAUGGACUGCUGAGAAAAUAGCAAAAGAAUACCAUCUAGAACAGAAAGAUGUAAAUUCUGUUCUCAAAUAUUUCGUUACUUUUGAAGUCAAAAUCUUCCCUCCUGAAGGCAAGAAAGCAAUUCAAUCAAAAUGAAGGAACUGUUGGAAUUACUUUUCCUAUCCCCAUGCCCUGUUUAUUUUCUCAUUUUUAGCAUAUUAAAUUAUAUAAAUUACUGAAUGUUUAAAGCUCCCUCCUUAUGAGUGCAUCCUAUUUAUUGAUCUCUGCUGAUAGAGUAAAUUUUGUUUUCAAUUUUAAUUUGGUUUAGGCAUGUAUGUAUUCGGGUGUAAUAUCAGCAUGACUAACUAGCAGGUAUAUAAAUUUAUUGCACAUAAAAGAGUUAAUUUUAAGUGUUAUUUUAAGCAUAUCAGCAUUUAAGCUGGUCAUAUGACCUCUUAGGAAAUGUCCUGAAUCCCUUAUUUGACACUUAAAGUUUAACUUUCCAAUUCAGGUGGUUAGUUUAUUCUUCCUAUGGAAUAGUGAAAGUAAGAGCUUUCCUGACUCUUAUGACUGACAUUUUCUUGUUAGGGAAAGGGAGGCUUGACAGUGAGGUAGAACAACAGUAUUUCCCAACUAAAGGCAGACAGGAAACUGGAUACAAAACCAAUAGAAAAUACAUUUUUAUUACUACAGGGAAUAAGAAUUAGUAAGGCCUUUUUAAAAUUUUAUUUUGAAAUAACUUAAGAUUAUAAAAAAGAAUGUUUUAAAAUUUUAGCAAAUCUGUACUUUGACAAGCAAACAGGUAAGUCCAAGAGCUUUCAUAGAGGCAGGCAGUAGUGGAAGUCAUCUGAAAAAAAAAAAAAAAGAAAAGAAAACUUUGGAUUUACUGUGAAAAUACAAGAAAAUUUUUAAGAAUGGUUAAAUCAAAGAACCAUGAUAAAUUUGGUGACCAGAUAUACAUAUUUUCUCAUUUAAAUGCUGGUUGAAAGAAAAUAGCAAGUGGAAGCAUAAAAUGUGAUCAUUGGAAGGGACCUGGGAAAUUGUUGCUGCAUUUAACAAAUUUAUGAGCACAACACAUACUAGUACUAGGGUCUUGAGCAAAAUUGUAUUAAGUUCAACUCUGUUAUGUUAUUACAUGUGAGAUUUUGGCUGGAUUGUGUAACCUCUUUGAGAAUGAUUUCCUCUAUAAAUGAUUGUAAUGCUGUCUUAACUCUAUGGGUUACUGUGAAGAUAAAAAUAAUAAAAGAUAACAAAUA